AUGGCGAUUGCAGGCGACAAUCUUUGUCUGCCUCUGGAGAUCAUCCACAACAUUCUCAAAAGGCUUCUUCCAGUUAAAUCCGUGGAAAAGAUUGGAGGCGACAAUCCUUUUCUGCCCCUGGACAUCAUCCGAAACAUUCUCAAAAGGCUUCCUGUUAAAUCCCUUGUUCGAUUUCUUGCUGUGUGUAAAGAUUGGAAAAAUCUCUUGGAAUCCCCAGAUUUCAUCGCAGAGCACUACCACCAGUCUGCUCACAGCAACCCUCUUGUUAUCUGCACUGAUUUCAGUCCCAACCCUAGAUAUUCGCGCUUGUGUUUGGUUCCAUAUAAGACGGAAACUGUGGAAGUUGAGAGAAUACCCGCCAUGGAUUCCUUAAGGAAUCUUGACCGCAUCAUUGGUUCCAGCAACGGCUUGCUUUGUGUGGUACUACUGAAUGGUGUUUAUAAUCAUUCCCCUCCUCCUUCGCUUUUGUUGUUGAACCCAGCGACUAGAGAGGUAAGGCAAGUACCCAGGUCAGCGAAAGAUAAGGCUCUGGGAUGGGGAUUUGGGCUUUGUCCUGUGGUUAGGGAUUAUAAGAUAGUGAGAAUUUAUGCGACUAACUGUCCUUCAAUCAAAUUUGACGAGGACGGCGGUAUUCACGGGGAAGUGUUUUCGCUAAGAACGGGGUCCUGGAAAGAAGUGGAAUCUGGGGCUCUACGGCGGCUUCGAGCAUUUCCUUGUGAACCUCUCACUUUUAAUGGGGCUAUAUUUUGGUUGGGAUGGGGUGAAGCUUCCGUCAAGAUAGUUUCAUUUGAUCUAACAAUGGAAGUUUUUUCAUUGAUACCAACCCCUUUUUUAAUCCCUCUUCGUACUAAUCCUUCCUCUCAAAUUGUGUUGGAUGUGUACGAGAACAAAGUUGCUGUGCUUUAUCAAUACGGAGGUAGGCUUAAACCUAGUUUCAUGGAUUUAUGGGUGUUGGAAGAGGGAAGUGGUGCAUCUGGAAAGAGUUGGGGGUGGACUAAGAAAUAUAGUAUUGGACCAACUUCAUGGGGCUUAAGUCCGUUAUACUUUUGGAGGAAUGAAAUAGUCUUUCGAUACAUACACGAGGUUCAUUUGCUCAUUCUCACUGCUAAUCAUGAAUUGAAGCGCUUCAACAUCUAUCCCUCUAUCUAUAAUGUGCGUCAAAAACUCGAUUAUGUGGAGAGCCUCAUGUCUAUGGAUGGGGAUUCUUUCUGCUCAACUCUGGCAACAAUAGAAGAACUAUCUGCCAGGGAGUAG